UGUAAAGAUAAGACAGAUCAUAAAUUCCCUUUUUAAAGCCGAGCUGCAUCUCAGGUUGACUAGAAGCUGCCUCAAGGAACUCCCACUUCAGUCAGAAAAAUGGCAUUCGAUGGCAACUGGAAGGUAGACAGAAGUGAAAACUAUGAAAAAUUCAUGGAGCAGAUGGGUAUUAACGUAAUGAAAAGAAAGCUAGGAGCCCACGACAACCUGAAGAUCACUAUUCAGCAGGAGGGAAACAAAUUCACUGUCAAGGAAUCAAGUACUUUCCGCACCAUAGAAAUAAUAUUCAUGCUGGGAGUCAAUUUUGAAUACAGCCUGGCUGAUGGAACUGAGCUCAGUGGUACUUGGAACCUGGAAGGAAAUAAGCUUGUGGGAAAAUUCAACCGGAAAGAUAACGGGAAAGAGCUCAAAGCAUUCAGAGAAAUCGUAGGAGAUGAAUUAAUUCAGCUUCCAUCUAUUGGAUCUCGUUAUGCCUCUGUUUGGUAUAUUAAAAGCCACCUAGUGGCAGAUAUCUAUCUUCUCCCUGUGUAG